CGUCUGGUAGGGUUUCAAAAAAUAAAAGAAACACGCUCAAGAUCAAAAUGUGUGAAUCACAAUAAUCUUAUUUUUUUAUUAGAAGAAAGUAAAUCGACUUUGUAAUCAUGAGUGCCCAUAAUUUCCAUUAUGAUAUUCCCUAUGAAUCCUCGAACACCGAAUCCUUGUUCACGUUGUGCACGAGAAUUGUUGCCCUAAACAUCACAUCAAAUCUUUCUAUGGCUCAGUUCUUACCAGCAAGUAUAAAAAGCGUACUAGUAACACUGUUAGGGAGGAGACAUUUGUUGACUGGACCAGUUUUAAGAUGCUUGGCCCAUCCAGAUUUAAAGGCAUUGAAUUUGGCUGGUUCAAAAGUGAGAGACUCAACAGUGAGAAUCCUCCAAUGCCUAACAAAGCUGGCAUUGUUGCACAUUCCAGGAAAUGAAAUCUCAACGCAAGGCCUUGUUCAGUUAUUUCCUUAUUUAACUUGUCUUGAAGAGCUAGAUAUCUCAGAUAGUAAAGUUGAUGACCAGGCAUUAGUUUCUCUUACUGAUAAUUGUCCUAAACUUCACAUAAUCAUUCUGGGAAAAUGCCCUGAUAUCACGGAUAGAGGCUUCAGAUAUCUAGCCACAAAACUUCACAACAUUGCUGUCCUUGACAUCUCAUAUACUAAGGUGACAGAUGGUGGUCUGAAGGCUUUAAGCAAAGGCCCUUCUUGCUGCAAGCUGAAAGAGUUGCAUAUAGACGGGUGCCAGCAGUUGACUUCUCUAUGCGGGCCGUACCUGCAAGCUUUCCCAUGCCUAUCGAUGUUGAGCUUCUAUGACUGCCCUGGUCUUCUCAAGAGUGAAUGGUUUGAAAGCUUCAGCUGCGACAAGAAAAAAUUAUUCAAGAAUAUUUCAUUCACGAUCUAGUGAAAAAGUUGACAUUGUUACAUUCCCCCAACAAAGUCCUUUCAUUUCUACUAUUUAGAAAUAGGGAACCAAGAGUUAUUUUGUUUUAUCACUUUUGCAUGCCUUCGAGAGCGUGGCUACUCAUAAUUAUGGGGUGUUUCGUAUACAGAACUCACUCAUGUGUAUUCCCACAUCUUUCUCCUAUACAAAAAAAGGCCUCAUUCUUAUUAUUAUAAAUUUUGGUAAAUUAUGUAUCCUGUAUGAGACUCGUGAUAGCUAGAAAAAAAAAAUACAAUCAAUUUUUUCCUUAACUUCCAUCGGUUACUAUAUAAAUAAAAAAGAACGUUUCGGAUACGAACAGACGGGA